AUGCUACGCACCCCAAUUGGUGGCUGUGAUUUUGAUCUUGCACCUUGGGCUUAUAAUGAGGAGCCUCGUGAUGAUCCCAAACUUUCAAAUUUUCAAAAGUUAGAUCCUCGCGAUGAAAUUAAAGUCCAACAAAUAGAGCGCUUAAAAUCAGUAUCCGAUUUGGAAAAUUUAAAAAUCAUGGCCCUGGCUUGGAGUUCGCCAACUUGGAUGAAAACAAACGGAAUGUGGUCAGGCAUAGGAUUGUUGAAGACUGAAUACUAUCAGGCUUGGGCUGAUUAUCAUCUGAGAUUUAUAGAGUUAAUGGAUGCUAAAAAUAUGCCGAUAUGGGCCAUAUCAACUGGUAAUGAGCCGCUUAACGGAAUCGCCUUUUUCUUUUUCGUACACUUCAUGAGCCUUGGUUGGAUACCAAGAAACCAGAUGAAUCGCACUCGCCCAGGUGUUCUUAACUAUCUGGACGGCUUAGCGGUACAUUGGUAUUGGGAUGAAAUGUUUGCACCCAAUCUAGUAGAUUUAACAGUUGCGCAAUUGCCAGGCAAAAUUGUGCUGAAUACUGAAUCAUCCAUAGGAGACAAGCCAUGGCAAACCCAUGGACCCGAACUUGGUUCGUGGGAACGGGGUGAACAGUACGCACGUGAUAUCUUGCACAACCUGCAACAUUCCUACAAUGGCUGGAUCGAUUGGAAUAUCGUUUUAGAUGAGCAAGGUGGGCCGAAUUACGUGAAGAAUUAUGUGGACGCGGCUGUGAUUGUGAAUGCCACAAAUCGCGCUGAGAUAUACAAGCAGCCGAUAUUCUAUGGCAUGGGUCACUUUUCGAAAUUCCUGCCCGAGGGUUCGGUGCGUAUUGAGGCGAGAAUGCUAAGCGUGGCUGUGGAGGUGGUUGCUUUUAAGCGGCCCGAUCAACGCAUCGCUGUGGUGCUGCUCAAUAGGUAG